AUGAUCAAAAGAUGUCGUGGGAAGCAAGCAGUAUCUUCAUCAUCAAAAGAUACAAUAACUGUGCAUAUAACAUUUUAUUUGAAGACAAUGGGAGAUUCCAUCAUUGGAAAACUGUUGCUUUUUCCACUGCUGAAAAUGCAAAAUCCAUUAGAUUGGCGAGUACCGAAAUGUGAUAUAGCCGGAUGCAAAGGAUGGUACUGCAAAAACGAUGAGCACAACCGGAACAUCCAAAUUACCUUUAAAACUCAUCCCAAAUGA